AUGGCACUAGAGCGAGUGCAGAAGCCCAAGCCACGUUCCCCAGAUUCUGACAAGCAUCUCUCCGCACUCUACUUUAUCGUCAUACUUCAGCUCCUCAUUCUAAGUCAACUAUACCUGCAAGCGUUUGUCAUCCAGGAGAAAGAUGGGUUUCUUUGGACUUCGAGGGAGGAAACUCCAGAUGGCUCAGAUCUGGGCGGUCAUCUUGCCGUGCUAUCUCUUCUGACCGGUUCUGCUUCUACAUACAGGUUCGGUUACAACAACUCUAUCGCCGGAGGGUUCCUCAGUCUCCCAUCGUGGGUAGAGACCUUUCCUGCCCUCGACACCGUGCAUACAAAAGGAGCCACCAAAGACCAUAACUCGACCCUCCAAGGAACCGUCGUGGCGAUGUACACUUUAGGCUGUCUCUUCGGCUGCCUCAGCUGCAUCUGGCUAGGCGACAAGCUCGGUCGGAAGAGAACCAUCAUAUUCGGCGCCUUGAUCAACACGAUAGGUGCAGCUCUCCAAUCCUCCUCGUACUCGCUUCCGCAACUCAUAGUCGGUCGACUGGUCUCCGGAUAUGGCUUUGGACACAUUACAGCCACAGCUCCGAACUGGCAAGCAGAGUGUUCUGGUGCUGCUCACAGGGGUGCGGCGGUGAUGCUUGAAGGCUUGUUCAUCUCCUUUGGCUUGGCUAUCGGAGGCUGGACGAAUCUGGGCAUGUCUUUUCAUCACGGCUCUGUCACUUUCCGAUUCCCCAUGGCCUUGUCCGGCGUGUUAUCCAUUAUCAUUAUGCUUACUAUACCACUGCUUCCGGAGUCUCCUCGUUGGCUGACGAAGAAGGGCCGAGUUGAUCGUGCAAGAGAGGUUUUGGCCGACUUGACCGAUACUGACGCAAAUUCCGUCGAAGUGCGCGAGGCAAUCCGCGAAAUCGAAACCUCCUUGGCCCUCGCAGGAGAAGCCAAGCUCAAAGAUAUCUUCGCCAACGGACCGCUCCGCCUUCUGCACCGCAUGUGUCUCGCCUGCGCGGCGCAAUGCUUCCAGCAAAUGAGCGGCAUCAACGCCCUGGCCUUCUAUCAAGCCAAGAUCUUCGAAGACUACCUUGGCCAAACACCAAGAGCAGCAAAGAUCAUCGCUGCUUCGGUGUUUACCUGGCAGACAAUCUGCUCGCCCAUUGGUGUCUUGACCGUAGACAGGUUUGGACGUCGCAAGCUGAUGAUGGUAUCGUCUUUGGGUAUGGGCAUCUGUAUGGCUGUAGUUGCGGGCGGGUCGUCGCAGCCGGGAAAUACAGCGUCGGUGGGAGUUGCGGCGGCUUUCAUCUUCCUUUUCUCACUGUUCUUUCCAACCGGGUUCCUUGGACUUACGUUUCUAUAUGCUGCUGAGAUCUCACCGCUCAGUCAUCGAGUGCCCAUCACGGCCAUGUCGACUGGUAAGUCCAUCAAUUCUAUACUGUACAAAGAUCAUUCACUGACUAGCAUUAGCCACCGCCUGGCUGUUCAACUUUGUAAGAUUAAAUACCUGCGUGUGAUGAAAGAAGAUCUGACUAAGGGCUCAUAG